GCAGUCAGCCAAUCAGUCAUUUAGUCAGUCAGCAAAUAAAUUGUUCAUUCAUUCAGCCAGCCAGUCAUUUAGCCAGUCAAUCAUUCCAACAUAUCUUCUCUUUCAGAUCUCCAUGCCCUCUUUCCCUGUGGUGGUGAAGAUAGGACACGCGCACUCUGGAAUGGGAAAGGUAAAGGUGGAUAAUCUGAGUGACUUCCAUGACAUAGCCAGUGUGGUAGCCAUCACUCAGACUUACACCACCACAGAACCCUUCAUAGAUGCCAAGUACAACAUCAGGGUCCAGCGGAUUGGCAGCGAUUAUAAGGCUUACAUGCGGACAUCCAUCUCUGGGAACUGGAAGAGCAACACAGGAUCAGCCAUGCUGGAACAGGUGGCCAUGACGGACAAGUACAAGCAGUGGGUGGACAUCUGCUCAGAGAUCUUUGGAGGUCUUGAGAUCUGUGCAGUCAAAGCCAUCUGUGGAAAGGAUGGGAAGGACUACAUUACUGAGGUUGUGGGUUCCUCCAUGCAGCUGAUCGGAGAGCACCAGGCAGAGGACAGGCAGCUCAUCUCUGAUCUGGUGCUGACUAAGAUGAACCAGGCUCAGCCAAGGACGGCCACUCGCUCUCCUGUCCAGAAACCGAGGGAAGUGGCAGAGCCAACCAAGAACCCCGGACAGUGGCGCCAAUCUCAAGGGGGUGCCGUGCAGGCCCAGCCCACUCAGCCACAGAGUGUGGAGCCUCCAGCAGAGUUGGCCCCCAAGGUGUCCCCUCCGCCAAAGCCAGCCCCCCCUCUAGUUUUAAGAGCGGCCACCAUCCCCAUUCAAAAGCAAGCCUCCACUCCAGUGGCAAAACCAUACACUGCUCCAGUCUCUAGGCCAGCCCCUGCCCCAGUGCAAAAGCAAUCCUCUUCCCCUCCACCAAAGCCACCCCCUCCUGCGGUGGUAAAGACGACCUCUGCUCAAGUACCAAAGCCUAUCCCUUCCCCGGUGCAAAAGCCUGCUCCAGCUCCAGCUCCAGCCCUUGCCCCAGCCCAUGUCUCAGCCUCAGUCCUAUCCCCAAACCUGGCCACUGUAUCAGUCCCUGCUCCUGUCUCACCCCCAGCACCAGCUCCAGCCCCAGCCUGUGUCUCAGCCCCAGUCCUAUCCCCAAUCCUGGCCACUGUCUCAGUCCCUGCUCCUGUCUCACCCCCAGCACCAGCUCCAGCCCCAGCCUGUGUCUCAGCCCCAGUCCUAUCCCUAAUCCUGGCCCCUGUCUCAGUCCCUGCCUCUGUCUCACCCCCAGCCCCAGCUGCUGCCCCUGUCUCAGCUCCAACCUCCAGCCUAGCACCCGCCUUACUCCCAGUCCUAUCCCCGACCCCUUCUCCUGUCUCACCCCCAGUUCCACCCCCUGCCUCACACCCAACCCCUGCCCCCACUACACAGCAGCCCAAGCCCCAGCCUCAGGUGUCUCCAUCAGCAGCCCCUCCCCCAGGAAAGCCAGCAGAGCUGCCCCCUCUGCCUCCCAAGCCCAAGCCUAUACCUCCUGUACGCCGCAACUCCAAGCCCCUGAUCCAGCCCAAACCCCAGACCCCCCUUCCACCCAUUGGCCUGAAGCCCAGUCCUGAUGCUGUGUUUUCAUCCAGAGUGCCAGGCCAGUCCCUGUCCCCAAAGAGGUCCCCUGGGAGGGUGCAGUCCCCUUUCUUGCCCCAGUCUCCAGCUAAAGCUCAGCCUCCAACGGUCCUUUCCCCAGACUUUCACCCAGACCCUACCCCUAUUAUGAUGCCCAUGUCCUCCACUGGCACUGCCAUGGCCCCUGAGCCUGCUCCAGAGCCUACACCAGUCUCAGUUUCAGUCUCAUUCCCAUCCCCAUUCUCAUCCCCAGUCUCAGCCUCAUCCCCAGCUCCAGUCUCAGCCUCAUCCCCAGCUCCAGUCUCAGCCUCAUUCCCAGCCCCAGUCUCAGCCCCAGUCUCAGCCUCAUCCCCACUACCAGUCUCAGCCCCAGCCCCAGCCCCAGAAUCAGCUAAAGCUGAACCUCUGGUUGAAGAACCGCCAGCACCCAAGGGCCAUCCACUGCUGAAUAAGUCCCAGUCCCUGACCAAUGCCUUCAGCGCUUUGGGAGAUGCGUCGUUCUUCCGCUCCAGCUCGACCAGCUCCUCGGCGGGUGGAGAGGACGAAGCCAAGGCCGAGACCAUCCGGAACAUCCGCAAGUCCUUCGCCAGCCUAUUCUCCGAUUAGUCCUCUCCCACAUGUUCUAGGACUGGCAGAUGACUUCAUUGACAUAAACGUGACCCAGUCUGAGAUUAACUGUGUGUAACUGUAUAACUCCCAAGUCCCGCCUCCAUCCCCUGCCUCUCUGUGUCUCUGAGGACUCAAUUGGCAAGUUGAGUGUGAUGAUGUCAAAGUGCCAGCUACGUGAAGCUUGGCCCUCGGUCAGUGUGUGAGGAGGAGGAGAUAUAUAUGACGGUCUAAUGCAUGAAGAUGACGGCUACAUCAGUAGGUGUUGUGGAGCAGAAUGGAUGUUUGUGUUGAGUUGAUGUUACCCAUUGCCUCUAGAUGUUGUAGCCUUAAUGUGAUGAUGUGUUUUAUUACAGAUUCGUGACUGUGAGUGGUGACCCCUGACUCCUGUAUCACCAUAUGUACUUCCUGUGUAGUACAGAUAUCUGCAGUACGUUCUUCAUCAUUAACAGUUGUUCAAUAAUAAUACCUCUGUUGUGGCUGUUGACCACAGUCACUCAUACAUACAAGUAGACCUUUCCUUUAAUCAGUCAAACCUCUCCUUUAAGGUGUCAGACCUCUCCUUUAAUCAGUCAAACUUCUCCUUUAAUCAGUCAGACCCCUCCUUUAGUCAGUCAGACCUCUAUUUAAUCAAUCAGACCUCUACUUUAAUCAAUCAGACCUCUCCUUUAAUCAAUCAGACCUCUCCUUUAAUCAAUCAGACCUCUCCUUUAAUCAAUCAGACCUCUCCUUUAAUCAAUCAGACCCCUCCUUUAAUCUGUCAAACCUCUAUUUAAUCAGUCAGACCCCUCCUUUAAUCUGUCAAACCUCUAUUUAAUCAGUCAGACCCCUCCUUUAAUCUGUCAAACCUCUAUUUAAUCAAUCAGACCUCUCCUUUAAUCAAUCAGACCUCUCCUUUAAUCAAUCAGACCUCUCCUUUAAUCAAUCAGACCUCUCCUUUAAUCAAUCAGACCUCUCCUUUAAUCAAUCAGACCCCUCCUUUAAUCUGUCAAACCUCUAUUUAAUCAGUCAGACCCCUCCUUUAAUCUGUCAAACCUCUAUUUAAUCAGUCAGACCCCUCCUUUAAUCUGUCAAACCUCUAUUUAAUCAGUCAGACCCCUCCUUUAAUCUGUCAAACCUCUAUUUAAUCAAUCAGACCCCUCCUUUAAUCUG